AGAGAGGGAGAGAGAGGAAGAGGAGGAGGGGAGAGGAAGGUUCUUUCACAGCUCUCGUCAUUGCCAUCAUCGCCUCUUUGGUGAAUCGGUGUUCUCGAACCGGAGCGGGAUUUUUUUUUUACUCCAAUCACGGACAAAAACCUAUGCUCGGAUUUCGGUUCUUUUCGCCUUCGCCAAUGCAAAAGGAAAUAUGCAGCGAAGCUUCACCAUCCUCUACACCAGUUUACUGGGGAUGUGCUUGGGUUCGAGCGCAAGUUUCCCAAGUAACAUCAAUAUAGGAGGACUGUUCCCAACAGAAUCACACGAAUAUGAGGUGUUUCGCUUCGCUCUCUCGCACCACCAGGACAUCCCCAAACUGGUGCCGCAGGUGGAUAUGGUCAAAAUGGGGAAUAGUUUUUCCAUGACAUAUGCAUUUUGCUCCCAGUUCUCCAAGGGUGUUUACGCCAUCAUCGGCCUGUACGACAGGAAGACGGUCAACAUGCUCAUGUCCUUCUGUGGCGCUCUACAUGUUUGCUUCGUCACCCCCUCCUUCCCCAUCGAGACGGCCAAUCAGUUUGUCAUCCAGCUGAGGCCCGAGCUUCAGGACGCGCUGGUGGGAGUGAUUGAACACUAUGGGUGGAACAAGUUUGUCUACAUGUACAGUUCAGACUCAGGCCUGUCUGUUCUUCAAAAAGUCCUGGACACAGCGGCCGAGAGAAACUGGCUGGUGACCUCGGUCAACGUGGAGACCAUGACGGAGGCAUCCUUCUUGAAAGUGUUCCAAGACUUGGACAAGAGAAAGGAGGGUCAGAUCAUCAUUGACUGUGAGACGGAGAGGCUCACCGGCAUCCUGAAGAAGAUUGUGGAACAAGGCAAGAACGCGAAGAGUUACCACUACAUCCUCGCCAACCUGGGUUUCCUGGACAUCGACCUGACAGACCUGAGGAAAGGAGGUGCCAACAUCACUGGCUUCCAGCUGGUCAACAACUCCGAGCCGAGCAUCAACCGUGUGGUCCAGCAGUGGCUGGAGUUCGACAACAAGGACUCCAAAGUGCCCAAGAGCAGCCUCAAAUACACUGGCGCUUUGACAUAUGACGGGGUCAAAGUCAUGUCCACGGCCUUCCAGAAUUUAAGGAGACAGAGGAUAGACAUCUCUCGAAGGGGCAAUGCUGGGGAGUGUCUUGCCAACCCACCAGCUCCCUGGGGCCAGGGCAUCGACAUCCAGAGAGCCCUGCAGCAGGUCCGGAUCGAUGGGUUGACUGGUCACAUUCAGUUCAAUGAGAAGGGCCGGAGGACCAACUAUACUGUGAGCGUGAUGGAACUGGCCCCGUCUGGACCCAAGAAGGUGGGCUACUGGAAUGAGGACGAGAAGUACGUGACCACGGCCAGCUUCACCAGGGGCAGCAACGACACCUACGGCCUUCAGAACAGAACCUACAUCGUAACCACCAUACUGGAGUCGCCGUAUGUGAUGCUCAAAAAGAACCACGAGCAGCUUACCGGGAACGACAAGUACGAAGGAUACAUCGUUGAACUGGCGGCAGAAAUCGCCAAACACGUCGGCUACCAGUACAAACUGAAGAUCGUUUCUGAUGGGAAGUAUGGAGCGAGGGAUCCAGACACGAAGAUGUGGAAUGGCAUGGUCGGAGAGCUUGUGUACGGGAAAGCUGAUGUCGCUGUCGCACCCCUGACCAUCACCCUGGUGCGUGAAGAAGUCAUUGACUUUUCAAAGCCCUUCAUGUCACUCGGAAUCUCCAUCAUGAUCAAGAAGCCGACCAAGUCCAAACCGGGGGUGUUUUCCUUCCUGGACCCGCUGGCUUACGAGAUCUGGAUGUGCAUCGUGUUUGCUUACAUCGGCGUCAGCGUGGUCCUCUUCCUUGUCAGUCGGUUCAGCCCGUACGAAUGGCACUCGGAGGACUAUGAAGAGGGAGCCGAGCCUCAAAGCCCCACGCAAGCUUCCGCCUCCAACGGUCUCCAGCAGGGUCAGACGUCCACCCAGCAGGCCGUGGCGCAGCAGAGUCCAGAACAGACCAACGAGUUUGGCAUCUUCAACUCUCUCUGGUUCUCUCUGGGCGCCUUCAUGCAGCAGGGCUGCGAUAUCUCCCCACGCUCCUUGUCAGGCCGUAUCGUUGGAGGAGUCUGGUGGUUCUUCACCCUCAUCAUCAUUUCCUCCUAUACCGCCAACUUGGCAGCUUUCCUGACAGUGGAGAGGAUGGUGUCUCCUAUAGAGAGCGCUGAAGACUUGGCCAAGCAGACAGAGAUUGCUUAUGGAACGUUGGAUGCUGGCUCCACCAAAGAGUUCUUCAGGAGGUCCAAGAUCGCCGUCUUUGAAAAGAUGUGGUCCUACAUGAAGGCUGCCGACCCCUCCGUCUUCGUCAAGACCACGGACGAGGGGGUCAUGCGUGUCAGGAAGUCCAAGGGCAAGUAUGCCUACCUGCUGGAGUCCACGAUGAAUGAGUACAUAGAGCAGAGGAAACCCUGCGACACCAUGAAAGUGGGUGGCAAUCUGGACUCAAAAGGCUAUGGUAUUGCAACACCCAAGGGCUCCCCCCUCAGAAUUCCAGUAAACCUAGCGGUGUUGAAACUCAAUGAGCAGGCCGUCUUAGACAAACUGAAAAACAAAUGGUGGUACGAUAAAGGGGAGUGUGGCAACACGGACUCCGGAAGAAAGGACAAGACCAGCGCUCUGAGUCUGAGCAACGUGGCCGGGGUCUUCUACAUCCUCAUCGGUGGUCUGGGCCUGGCCAUGUUGGUGGCGCUGGUGGAGUUCUGCUACAAGUCCAGGACUGAGUCGCGGCGAAUGAAGCAAUCCAUCAACGACGCCAUGCGCUGCUCCACCCUGACCAGAAUGAGCGGGAACGGGAGUGGCGGAGAGAACGGUCGAAUCCUGACCCACGACUUCCCCAAAACUGUUCAGACUCUGCCUUGCAUGAGCCACACUGCCAGCAUGGGACUAGGUGCCUCCGGCAUCUGAUCAUCACGUGACCAGUCGUAAAACAGACGGGGGAGCACAACAACAAAAGAAAAACCCGCACCAUGGCUGUCUCGGACUGACCCAUCCGAUCCCGCAGCCGUCGCCGAGCUUGACAAUUUACUGCCAAAAUGCACUCUUGUUCAAUCCCUACAGAU